AUGCUCGAAGCAGUAGCUCUGGUUGAUCGGAUGGUAGAAAAAGGUCAUCAGCCAGACAUUGUUACUUACGGAACCAUUGUGAAUGGAAUGUGUAAGGUUGGUGACACUGUCUCGGCCUUGAAUCUGCUUAGUAAGGUGGAGAAAAGCCCCAUCGAAGCCAAUGUUGUAAUCUAUAAUCACAUCAUUGAUCGUCUUUGCAAAGAUGGACGUCAUAACGAUGCUCAAAAUCUUCUCGAUCAAAUGUACGAGAAAGGAAUUUUCCCCAAUGUAUUUACCUACAACCGUAUGAUAGAUGGUUUUUGCAACUAUGGUAAAUGGAGUGAUGCGGAGAGACUGCUGCGUGAAAUGAUUCAAAGGAAUAUCGACCCUAAUGUUGUUACUUACAAUGCAUUGAUCAGUGCAUUAGUCAAAGAAGGGAAGUUGUUUGAGGCUGAAGAAUUAUCCGAUGAGAUGCUCCGUAGGGGUAUAUCUCCUGAUACGAUCACAUAUAACUCAAUGAUCAAUGGAUUUUGUAAACAUGAUCGUCUAGAUGAUGUGAGUCUCAUGUUUGAUUUGAUGGCUAGCAAGGGCUGCUCUCCGGACGUAGUGACUUUAAAUUCACUCAUAGACGGAUGUUGUAGGGCUAAGAGGGUAGAUGAUGGAAUGAAGCUUCUCCAUGAGAUGUCUAGAAGAGGAUUAGUUCCUAAUACAGUGACUUACAACACUCUUAUUCACGGGUUCUGUCAGGUGGGCGAUCUUCAUGCUGCUCAAGACCUUUUCAGGAGAUGA